CAAAGCGCCCAUCUCUAAACCGCACACGUGCAUUUUGAACGGGCAGCAAUUUCAUUUGCAUUAUUUACUUCGGAAAACCGAAGUUUUUAAGUGAAAAGUGAACACAGGAACGCCGCAAGAUGGUGAAGAAGAAAAUAGACAACCGGAUACGCGUGAUGAUCGAGAACGGGGUCAAGCUGGGCCACCGAACCAUGUUCAUCGUCAUCGGGGACAAGGCGCGCGACCAGGUUCCCAUUCUCUACGACAUCCUGACCAAGUCGACGGUCAAGGCGCGACCCACGGUCCUGUGGUGCUACAAGAACAAGGACGAGGCCAUCUCCAAUCAUGGCAAAAAGCGAGCAAAGAAGAUUGCUGUCGGCAAAGUGGACGUCAAUGAGGCGGACCUGUUCGAUUCCUUCCGAGUGGCCACCACCAUUCACGGCAGAUACUACUCCGAGACGCACGCAGUCCUCGGACGAACGUACGGCGUGUGUGUGCUCCAGGACUUCGAGGCCCUGACCCCCAAUCUUCUGGCUCGAACUGUGGAAACGGUGGAGGGCGGCGGUCUGAUCAUCCUGCUGCUGAAGACACUGCAGUCGCUGAAGCAGCUGUACACCAUGAGCAUGGAUGUGCACAAGCGAUUCCGCACAGAAGCCCAUCAGACGGUAACCUGUCGAUUCAAUGAGCGACUCAUUCUCUCCCUGGCGGACUGCAAGCGCUGUCUGGUGGUCAACGAUGAUCUCACCGUGCUGCCACUUAGCUCCAAGACCAUCAACGUGGAGCCAGUAAAUCCCGCAGACGCCGGUCGAUCGCCCAACGAGGGUAGCCUCAAGGAGCUGAAGGAGAGCCUGCUCACGGUUCAGCCGGCAGGAGCACUGGUUAAUCUCUGCAAGACCUACGAUCAGGCCAAUGCCGUUGCCCAGUUCAUUGAGGCGCUGGUCGACAAGCAACUGAAGCCGCCCAUGUCGUUAACAGCGGCACGUGGUCGUGGUAAAUCGGCCGCCCUGGGUCUGUCGAUUGCCGCCGCCGUGGCCUUUGGCUAUGUGAACGUCUACGUGACCUCGCCGCAUCCGGAGAACUUGAUCACCCUCUUUGAAUUUGUGCUCAAGGGCUUCGAUGCCUUGGAGUACCAGGAGCAUGCCGACUACACUAUUAUUCGCUCCACCAAUGCCGACUACAAAAAGGCGAUAAUAAGAAUAAAUAUAACGAGGAGCAGCAGGCAGACCAUUCAGUACAUAGCUCCCAGCGAUACUCAUCUGCUGAAUGCAGCCGAUCUUCUGCUGAUCGAUGAGGCGGCUGCCAUUCCUUUGCCGCUGGUAAAGAAGAUGAUCGGUCCGUAUUUGGUAUUCAUGGCCAGUACGAUAAACGGAUACGAAGGCACUGGCAGAUCGCUGAGCUUGAAGCUCAUUUCCCAGCUGCAAAAGGAUAACAAUGCAAGGCCGCCACUGAAACUGGAGGAAUCGAUUCGUUACCAGGAGAACGACGACAUAGAAAAGUGGCUAAUCAACCUGCUGUGCUUGGAUGCCAGUACGGUGCCGAGCAUUAGCUCGGGUUGUCCCACGCCGGAUGCUUGUGAACUGUACUAUGUGGACAGGGACGCCCUGUUUUCGUAUCACAAGGCUGCCGAGGCGUUUCUUCAUCGCCUGGUCUCCAUUUAUGUGUCCUCGCACUACAAGAACACACCAAACGAUCUGCAGAUGAUGAGCGAUGCCCCGGCGCAUCAUCUCUUCUGUCUCCUGGGUCCGGUUCAGCGAAUGGACGCCCUGCCAGAGAUAUUGGUGGUUAUCCAAGUGGCACUGGAGGGUCAGAUCUCCGCCCAGAGCAUCAGCGAUUCCCUGGGCAGGGGUAAGAAGGCGGCGGGCGACCUGAUUCCAUGGAACGUAGCCGAGCAGUAUGGCGAUCGAGACUUCCCCAAGCUGUGUGGCGUUCGCAUUGUGAGGGUAGCCACGCAUCCGAAUUACCAGAGGAUGGGCUAUGGCAAGCGGGCCAUUCAGCUGCUCAAGGACUACUAUGCAAGAAAGCACACUAACCUGGAGGACGGCCCAGCUGCCAGCAAGGAUGCUGGAAAAGGUAUCGAGGAAGUGGAGGAGGAGGAACUUAGUCUGCUGAAGGAACAAAUCCGGCCACGUAGUCGUAUACCCACACUUCUGCAGCGCUUGCACGAACGCGUCCCGGAACACGUGGACUAUAUUGGCACGUCCUAUGGCCUCACCUCCGAUCUGCUGAAGUUCUGGAAGAACGCCGGCUUUGUGCCCGUGUACUUGAGCCAGAAAUCCAACGAACUGACCGCCGAGCACAGCUGCAUCAUGCUGCACACGCCCCAUGCCACACCCUGGCUGGGCCUGUACUACCAGGACUUCCGCAGGAGAGUACUCAAGUUAAUGGGCAAGACGUUCAGGGAGUUCGAGACGAAACUCUGUUUGGCCUUGCUGAAGAACAAAUCCGUGGACACGGAAGGCAGUGCCCUGAAAGUCCUCGAUAAGCCCAUGCUGGAUGUUUACUUCUUGCCGCACGAUCUGCAACGCUUGGAGAGCUACGCCCGCCAGCAGUCCGAGUUUCGUCUAAUCAUCGAUCUGCUCACGGACAUUGCCCAGCUGUAUUUCCAGGGCAGGAUAGAUGGUCUGCAGCUUGACCUGGUGCAGCAGGGCAUCCUUUUGGCCCUGGGCGUGCAGGGCAAGACAGUGGAUGCGUUGGGUCUGGAGCUGAAUAUGCCGGGUAACCAGCUGUUGGCGAAAUUCUUCGAUGCCAUGAAACGGUGCAAUCAGUGCUUCCGGUCGGUCCUGGAGGAGCAUAUCGAGGGCGGCAUGCUGCGUGAGGCGGAUCUGUCCAAGGGCGAGGAACUGCAACCGCUGGCUCUGUCCCUCGACAAGGAGCUGGAUCAUACCGCGCAGAAGCUGAGCAAGCAGCAGCGCAAGGAGCUGAAGCGUCUGAAGGCCGAGCAGCUGGACGAAUUCCAAAUCAAGGGCACCGAGGAGGAUUGGUCCAAGGCGCUGGAAACAAACGGAACAGGCGGUGGCAGCGGGCUGCUCUCCGUCAAGAGUGGCGUCAAGCGACUGGAUGGGCCAAUCGGGCCGCGCGAGGAUGGCGACUUGGCAGCUCCGCUGUCCAAGAAGAAAAAGAAGAACAAUCCGAAACAGAGACGCAGUCAGGGCAAGUCCCUGAUCUAGAGUUCAUAUUUUUUUCGUUUGGGGGGAAAAAGAAUGUGGAUUUUAAUUCUAUAGAAAAGUACAUAUUGUUGUAAGCUCCGUUAAAAAUAAAGAGACCUUAAUAACUGAA